AUGUCCGACGACAGGUGGAACGGCGACGAGUACCUCAACCGCCCCGGCCACCUCGAGAGUGCCGAGGUCAAUGCGCGCAACAUCCAUACCGCCAUCGCCGCGUCGGGCAUCCCCGCCUCGACGUUCCGCGACCUCAACCUCCUCGAGGUCGGCGCCGGUGUCGGCACCGUGACGCGCCACCUGGCCGACUUUGGAUCCGUCCACGCUCUCGAGCCGUCGGGCAACAUGAUCCGUGUUCUCUCCCGCCUCGUGGCUGAUCUCCCCAACGUCACAUUCGCUCAACACGCCCUGGGUCCCGACAGUGCCAGCAUGUUCACGCGCGGCCAGGCCAUGCCGUCGCCGAUUAUCGACGACCCCGACCGUGAAUUGUCGCCCCCCCGCGCUCGAUGGGAUGUGGCCGUCUCGACACUGGUUGCGCACCACGUCGAUGAUCUCGAGAGUUACUUCCGCGGCGUCAAGUCCGUGCUUGUUGAGGGCGGCACGUUUUUCGUUCUCGAGUUCGCACACGCUCCAGAUGGAGAGGAUCUGAGUAAGCGCUUCCACUGCGAAAUGGACAGCUCGUUGGUGCCCGUCAACGACGAUAAUUACCAUAUUAAAGGUAAUGAAUUCCGCGAGACCUGGACCGUCGAACACACAAAGGACCUGUUCCGCAAGUACGGGUUCGUCGAUAUCGGGAGCAUGGAGACCGAGCCCGUUCCCGCGUUCGGGCGGAUCGACGGACGUACCGCCGUGCCAACCAAGGUCGUGUGGGGCCACAGGGCGCCUUAG